AUGGCCUACGAUCGCUACAUAGCUAUAUGCUCACCCUUACACUACCAAACCAUCAUGACAAGACAACUUUACAUAAUACUGGCAAUGGCAGCCUGGUGUGGAGGCUUUGCUGCUCCAAUCACAAACACCCUUCUUGCCUUAAAGUUACCUUACUGUGGCCCCAACAUACUCUACACUUACUACUGUGAUUGUGCUCCACUGCUCAGUUUGGCUUGUGCUGACCUAUCCUUCCAGAUGUCAGUUGGGGCUUUCUGUGGUGCCGUUGUCAUUUUGUCAAGCUUUUCUGUAAUUCUUAUAUCUUACACUAAGAUUAUUUUAGCAAUCCUCAGAAUCAGUUCCAAAGGAGGCCGGAAGAAAACCUUUUCUACCUGCGCCUCUCACUUUACAGUUGUCAGUAUAUAUUUCUUGCCGAUUAUGUUUGUGUACAUUCGUCCAACAGCCUCCUACUCAUCUGAUGGGGACACUUUGGUGGCCAUGUUAUAUACAGUAUUAACUCCCAUGAUGAAUCCCAUAAUAUACAGCAUGAGAAACAAAGACAUUAAAAUUGCUUUCCAGAGGAAAAAAUAG